AUGAGCAAUCCAGCGAUCGCCAAUUCGAGUAUCGAGGCCAUGUGCGCAGCCAAGGAAAUGGAAAAGACUAUUCAGGAUUGUAUCUCAGAGAAAUGCACCAUAAGAGAGUCACUCGAGUUCGCAGAUUUCGUCUCCGAAGUAUGCAACGUUCCUCAAGAAGACGACCGUCCGAAGUAUCGAGCUAUCGUUAUUGCUUGGACCGGCAUCAGUCUCGCUGCAGUAAUAUUAUUGGUCGUUUCUAAAAUAUUCAUUGCGACUCCAUGGGGACUCGACGACAGCUUUUCUGUCCUUACCUUUUGUAUCAUUGUCCCCUGCACAAUCUUCUUUCUUCGCGCAACCGACGAUGGAUUUGGAUCCCUCAGAACAUUGUAUCAAUCCGACGAUUUCAGCCCUUUGCUCAAGAACAUGUUUAUCUGGCAGAUCCUCUUUAUAGCUGGUCUAGCUUGUGCAAAGACAUCUGUUCUUCUCUUCUUUUUGAGAAUCUUCCCGAGUCAGAAGUUCAGGCGCAUGGUUUGGACAACACUCGCCUUCAACACCGUCGCCACAACCAUCCUUCUCGUCGUUCAGCUUACAGUGGGACGCAUCGUCGAGUUGAUUUGGGAUCACGAAGACCUCGCUGCAAGCAUGGACAAAUACAAGAAACCUAUCAUCAUCAUAUUGGCGCACUGCGUCGUCGACUUUUGUGUUGAUGUCUGGAUGCUUGUAUUACCCAUGACCCAGCUUUAUAACCUGGGAUUGAGAACUGAUAAGAAGAUUCGUGUCAUGUGCAUGUUUGGGAUUGGAAUCUUUUUGACUGUGGUUAGUCUUGUACGGUUGAUCAUACAGGCUAAGGUUGUGCCAAACCCAAGUGAAACAGAUGGGAACCUACAUUCGACUGUCAUUUGGGCAGUUGUCGAGCUCAACGUCGGUUUCAUAGUAGCGGUUAUAGCACCUAUCCGCCAACUGUUCCAACUCAUUGCCGCCGCCGGCAAGUCCCGGGAAGAUUCAUCGACAAACAGAAGUCGAUCCAGAACUGCGACAUUUGUAGAUCGCUCUCUUGUGCGAAUCAAGGAUGUAGAUGAGGAGCAGUUGGUGAUACACGAUAUGAACUACGCAAAUAUGAUUGAGGAGAAAAACCUCAAGAAAACAUUUAUUAUCGCCACCCUAUGUUCUACCCUCGUCGGAACAUUUACCUCAUCCAUGGGCCUCUGGGACCGUGUCAAAGAGAAGCGCAUACAAGCCAAACGCGACACCACCCAAGACGAAGAGAUUAAAAAGCUCACGGCCAAAGUCGAGCAAGCUUCCCUCGAACGCGACCGAGCCUCCUCCGACAGGCAAAGAAUACGAGACGAAGUCGAAGCCUCAUUCCAACGGUCGGGCACCCUCAUCAAUCGCGAGUUCGAAGAUGGAUACCAGAGAUACGGCAAGCGAUUCGCCAUUGGCGACGUCGUGACCGAGAAUAAAUUACAGGCACAAGUCAUCGCGCUACAACAGACGGUGAUUAAUGUCCUUCAGGAUGCCUUGUACAAUGGGAGGCAACUUGACCGCGCCGAUAUGGCCAGGCUUGUUGCUGCAUCUGAUGCUGCGCGGGAGGGUUCUCUUGGUGCUCUGCGACAACAGCGACAGCGUCUGGGGGACCUAGAGGGCCCUAUUCCACCACCCCUACAAGCCCUUCCACCCCCCAAGCGAGCUUCCACCGUGGUCGGAGACGAUCCCCUGUACUGUCGCUAUGCCCUUGAUCUACAAUACAUUCCCGAACGACCUCUCUCGACGAGCUUCGCCCCCCGUGGCGACCGUCUCUGCCCAGCCUGUGAUGUCUUUCUCGACGUUGAAGACGACGAUGGCUGGGCCAUUGGCAAGACGGCCACGCGCCUGAUCACGGAGCAGGGCUACAAGCGGGAGAUUGAUGAAGAGCUCGAGUUCCAUGUCAGUCCGCGAUUCGUUAUAAAAUGCCACACGCCUGAAGGAGAGUUCGCCUGCGUGCUAUGCAGUCGCUUCCGUGAAGAAGAUGUUCUAUGCCCAACGGCGGAUACCCUGGUCAACCACAUCGGAAGGGAGCACAGCGUUGCAGAAAUGGAGAGGGAGCCUGACUUUGAAGUGCGGUCUCUGGAUCUUGAUAGGAGAAGCUUGGCUUCUGCCAGGCCUGUUGAUUUGAACAAGAGGAUCAUGCCGCCGAGGUCAGUGGAUUCAGGUAGAGGAAGUUCGUCCGGGAAGUCUGUUGCCGACGUAGACAGGCGAAGCACGAGGGCUAUGAGUGUCGAUAGAAGGAGCAUGGAUCGAAGAAGCAUGGCUGGGAGAAGCGUCUACUAA